AGCUUAUUAUAUGAUAACACUAAUGACUUUCCGUUUGAAAAAGUUUGUAGAUAAACAUUUAAUGUACCUUCAGGACGAAUUUAAACUCCGUAGUGCCACGCGUUGGUCUGUAACAAUUAUUUUCGUAAACCGAUUUUUUUUAGUACGUUCUGAAAAUGAGUGACAAUAAUUUUGAGCAACGGUGUGCUAUCCGAUUUUGUUUCAAACUUGGACACAGUGCGACAGAAACUUUUCAAAAGCUCCAACAAGUAUAUGGAGAAAGUGUACUUUCAAGGGCUCAGGUUUUUAGGUGGUUUAAGGCAUUUUCUGAAGGCAGAGAGGCGAUUGAAGAUGAACCUCGCAGUGGAAGACCUUCAACUGCAAAAACUGAUGAAAACGUCAUCAGAGUUCGAGAUCUUGUCCGAUCCGAUCGUCGGUUGACCGUCAGAAUGAUCGGAGAACAGUUAGGAUUGACUCACACCACCGUUUUAAUCUACAUUUGUAGAUAAGUAUAUUAUUUUUAUUAAAAUUAUUAAAAUUAUUCAAACUCUUUUAAUUAAAUUUGUAUUAAACAAACUAACGUGAAUNCCAAACAUCAAAAACACCUGGGUGCUGCAUCAUGACAAUGCGCCUUGUCACACAGCCAUUUCAAUCAACCAGUUUUUGGCAACCAAAAAUAUACCUGUGGCCCCUCAACCCCCUUAUUCACCCGACUUGAGCCCUUGUAAAUUUUUUCUCUCUCCACGAAUAAAGAUUCACCUUAAAGGACGACAUUUUGGGACACUAGAAAAUAUUCAAUCAUCUGUGACCGAUGAACUGAAAGCUAUUCCAGUAACUGAGUUCCAGAACUGCUAUAAACAAUGGAAACAUCGACUCCAGCGCUAUGUGGAUUCUCAGGGUAACUACUUUGAAGGAGACAAUGUAAAGUAGUCAUUUUAGUUUAAUAAAAAAAUUUUAAAAAAUCAGUCUCAUUACUUUAUUUACAAACCUCGUAUGUAAUCAAACUCUGUUUAAAUUUAUUUUUACGUGUGUCAGUUUCGGGAAACAUAUAGUCUCUCUUCGAAGUUUUUCCCACUUUAACCACUGAAUAAAACAUAGUAGCCAGUAGGUAAGUACUAAACAUGUGUUUAAUGGUACUUAUAUUUAAAUAUUUAUUAUUGUUUAUUCAUUAUUGAAAAUAAAAUUAUCCACUUUUAUUUGUUAAGUGUUUAGUUUUUUUUCUCGAUAAAUAAUUUUUGUAGGAAUAUUUCUGUUAUCCAAUUUGACCUUCGAUGUAUUAAUAAAUGAUAAAUUGUCUAUGCACUGAAAAUGAAUCAUAUCGCUUGUAUGAUUAAUGUUUAUUUUAAAAUUUAAAAUAAUAUCAAAAUUUAUUAUUAUUUUAGGCUAAGC